GCCUGACCAGUGGGCCCCAGUUGACUUUGCUUUCUCUCGCAGUUUUGGAGGAGAGGAGAGGAGAGGGGAGGGGAGGAGAUCUCGAUCGAGAGAGAUGGCGGAGGAGGCUGCCGCCGCGGGGUCGUCGGUGGUCGGGCGUGCUGUGGAGGAGGUGCGCUCCGCCCUCAAUGAGCACGCCGACGUCGUAGCCGAGCUCUUCGGCCGCGUCUCCUCCGAGCUUCGCACCGGCUUCGCACCAGCCGUCGACUCCUUCAUCGGAUUCUUCCACGCCGUCGACUGGAAGGAGCCUUGGUUGAUCAGCAUGCUAACGUUUCAUGCCAUUCUGCUGCUGGUUACCAUCAUCUCGAGGAGAAAUGUCAAUUUCCAGCUUAUCUUGUCAGCGUUAACAUUUUCUGGUGUAUUUCUUGCUGAGAGAAUAAACACCUUUCUAGGACAAAACUGGAAGAGCUUCUCUAGCCAAAACUAUUUUGAUUCCCAAGGCCUCUUCAUUUCAGUUGUCUGGUCUGGUCCCCUCCUUUUGAUAACAAUCCUUAUUUUGGUGAACACUCUUGUGACGCUCUGCAUGCUGAUCGUAAGGUGGAAAAGGGCAGAGCUCAGGCAUCGUGCUCGCCAGGCUCGUAACAAGCAGGACUGAUCUUAACCUGCAUCUACGUAUUUUGAUGGCCUGUACGAAAGUUUCUCUAUUGCUACAACUGAUCUAACCAAGAAUCAUGUUUUCGAAAGGAUGUUCAUUUAGGUAGCAGAAUAUAAUAUUUCGAGAUGGUCAGAUUUUGCUCUUGUGGACCUUUUGGUGCGCUGUUGACCAUCCAUCACCCUGUAAUAUUGUGUCAUUAUUACUUUGAGCGAGGACACUAGGGCUGUGCCUAUUUAUACGGAAGGUGGUCUGUUCAGAUGCCAAACAUCGGAACUUCUUGGUACUUCUCUUUAGUUGUGUCGGCUCAGGCGCAGCAAAUUCUGAUUGUCAUUUCCUGCUAGAAUUUUUCUUUGAACAACUGAAUUUAAACUAUCCUUACGCAGAUCUGAAAUCGAUGUUUGAAUUUGGCUGCA